AUGGUCUACUGCGGCAAGCCCUCCAAGGGCUGCUCUCACUGCAGAGAGCGCAAGAUCCGAUGCGAUCAGAAAGAACCGGGAUGCGGCCAGUGCAUCAAGCGCCGCAUAGAAUGUCCGGGCUACCGCAACAUGGUAGAUCUCAUGUUCCGCGACGAAAGCAACGAUGUCAUCAAAAAGGCCACCUCGGCCAAGCCGCGCAUCAAGAAACUGAAACAUGGCGUACGGGCCGCUCCGAAGCUAAACGCGGCGCCUCAAAUCGCGCCACCACGCCCGCCGUCGCCAUCGUCGGGGGCUCUAGUCGUCCGCAACAGUCCUCGGCCGUCGUCAAAGGCCCUGGGUUCCCUCAAGCGUCGCCCCAAGAACUCGCCCCUUCUGUCCGUCCUCCUGGCUGGCCCGUAUGACGACCAAGAUCGCUCUGACGAGGAUGCCUGGGUGACCCAUACCUAUCCGUACGAGUAUGAACGCAUUGUUCGGCGCGGCCGUAGCGACGACGACGACGACGACGACGAUGACUAUGACGACGACAACGACAACGACGAUUACUUUGAUUUCGACUUGGACGCUGCUGGCGGCGACACCCUGAUCCAUAUUCCCUAUGCACCAUCCAUCUCGCUCCAAGAGCGUGGCACCGCCUUCUUCUUCUCUCGUUAUGUUGCCACAGACCUUGGCUGCUAUCAGAACUACGACUUCAUCUACGACAUCUGGAAACCCCCUACCAUGAGCCGACCUCGCAGGUUCGAAGUGCCCCCUCAGGCUCCUCCUCUCAAGAAAGCAGAUGCCCUCAUCUCUGCCGGUAUGACGGCCGUUGGCUUGGUCGGUCUCUCCAAAAUCACGGGUGAUAGGGAGACAAUGCUGCGCGCCCAGCAGAGCUACGGCGCCGCUCUCCAGCUGGCCAACGCCGCCCUCCGAGACCCAAGAGAGGCUGUCGAGGACAGCACCAUGCUGGGCGUUCUCAUCCUCGGCACAUAUGAAUUCAUAUCUGGACGCACCCCUCAAACCCUCCACGCUUGGCAGGAACACAUCAAUGGUGCCGCUACGCUCGCCACCCUGAGAGGCCAAGACCAGUUUCACACAAAGGCCGGCGUCAGAAUGUUCACCAUGCUAUGCCACUCUGUGCUCAUCAGCUGCAUCCAGAGCGGCCUGCCCAUGCCAAAGGCCAUUGUGGACUUGCGGAACGAAUUGCGAAAUGUGGCGGACAGCAAGCUACCCGCAUGGCGUGUUAUUGAUCCCCUGUACAAGGCCCUUCAGAUCCGACACGACAUUAAGCAUAGGCGCAUCACCGGCGUGGAUGACAUCAUUGGUAGUCUCGUUGAAAUCGAAGACGAGUUUGAAAUGCUCAUUCGGGGGCUGCCGCCAUCUUGGCGUUACCAGGAAGUCAGCCUCACCAAGGCCAACCCGGCCAUCAUGGGCCGUACGUGUCACGUCUAUCCUGGCCUCACCCAAGCCACUUCCUGGAACGCAGUACGAACCAUGAGGAUACUUGUCCAGGAGACGAUAUUAGAGCAGCUGUGCUACAGUGCUGAGGAUCCGACGACUCUUCCGAUGCGCCAUCAGUUGCAUCUGGUCAAGGCAAUGAAAAUGCUACGCAAGCUCGGCGAGGCAGUCGUCGGCAGCGUCCCUCAGCACUUUGGCCUCGUCAGCUCCCGAGAUAUCAAGUAUAAUAAACAUAAAGGGGCAACUCUGCCUACCAUUACCGCCCAGAACCAGUCUUCGAACAUUGUCUCAGCACCUCUCUUGCCGCCGGCUCCCGGGAGAGAUGAAAGCAAAUCUCCCGUCCCUGCCUGGCAGCGCGAGAGUGUAACCCGGCGGCCGACGUUGCUGGAUCCAACGCAAUCAGAACUGGGCAACGGCCGAAGUGACUCGGAGAGGUUUUUGACCCUGGCCACGGCUAGCAACACCAUCAUCUGGCCACUGUACACACUUGGCCUGUCAUCGUCUUGCACCCACGAGACGAGCGCCUACAUCGUUGACAGACUCAUGUCAAUCUAUCGCGAGACCGGCUUGGAACAGGCCCGAGUUGUCGCAGGCAUGAUGCAGAACAAACAGGAGUCUUUGACUUGGGCUAGCAUCCCAACAACUCGUCUACCGUCUUUGUCUGAUGAUGCAUUGCCUCUCGUUGUAUAG